CAAAUAAAGCGCCUGCCGGUAAGAAAUCAAAAAAUAAGGAGGAAAACGAGGAGGAUGUCUCUAAUCUGACAAUUUUAAUAGCAAUUCAGAACAUGGCGAAAGAUGUGGAAGAACUCAAGGAAAAAGCUGCACAGAGUAGCUCCAUGCUAGCUGCACUGAGCAAAGCAGUCCAGUUUAAUGCCGAAGAAGUCAAAGAAUGUAAAGGCAAAGUAAACGAACUUGAAAUGCAAUUCCACCUCCUUAAAAAAGAAAACGUUGAACUGAAAGAAAGGCUGAAGGAGAAAGACAGGUACAAGAUGCGAUGGUGCUUAAAGUUUAAAGGUUUGCCGGAGAAGAAGGAUGAAAACAUCAGACAGGAGACCAUCCAGCUCUUCAAGCGGAUCAUUCCAGACAUAGACCUGCGCAGGCUCGAGGACGCGGUAGACGUGGUGCACAGAGUGGGGAAGAAAGAAGAUAACCGGAGCAGAGCCGUGAUAGUCCUGUUCGCUCGAAGGUUGGUCAAGGAGGAGAUCUGGCGCAGAAGCAAGGACUCUCCCGUGUGCAAAGAGAGAGGCAUUCGCUUCUCCGAGAUGAUGCCGCUGGAGGACAGGGAGGCGAGGAAGAAGCUGUGGCCGCAGGUGGAGCAGGAGUGACGGGAGGGAAAGCGCGCAUACUACCGAGGCCCGCAUGAGUUCAUCGAGGGUAGAAAGAUCGGUUAAAGACUGAUAACUUUGAAAUGUUAAAUGAGUGAAAAGUUUCAUAGGGACACUCACUUGUUACAGAAAGGAGAAAAAAAGAGAGUUUUUUGUUUUUUUCCCAUUAGUGUUCAUUCUAUACUUGUACUUUUAUGUUCAAUUGUUCUUUUUCACUUUCUUCGUUAAAUGUGAGGGGUCUUCGAGAUCUGGUUAAAAGAAAAGCCUUAUUUUUGUUUCUUAAAGAGCAAAAAACACAGUUUUUGUUGUUACAAGAAACACAUUCAUGUGAUGGAGAUGAAAAGUUUUGGGCUAACAUGUGGGGAGAUAAAAUAUUAUUCAGUCACGGAACCAACAGGUCAGCUGGUGUUGCCAUUUGUUUUCAUAAAUUUCCAGGUGAAAUCAUCACUCAUAGGCAAGAUAUUGAAGGUCACUGGCUCAUAGCAGCCCUGAAAAUUGAUGAUCUUUUUUUCAUAUUAGUUAAUGUUUAUGGUCAUAAACUGGAUUCACAAAAUAGAGAAAUGCUACAAAGCAUAGUUAGGGAGGUUGAAGACUUAAAAACGCUCCACCCAACAAAUUUAAUUUUAAUGGGAGGGGAUUGGAACAUAACGCCGGAUGAAUGGGAAGAUAGAUGGCCAUCAAAAUAUGUAAAUCACCACUAUAACUCUGUCAUGGAAGCAUUUAUUAGAGAUAAUGAUCUCAUUGAUGUCUGGAGAGCUCAAAACCCAGGAAAGAAAGAAUUCACAUGGUACAAGCCCAACUGUGCGGCUAAAUCUAGAAUAGACUACUGGCUUAUCUCUGAAGCUCUAGAAAGAUUUACUUGUAAAACCUCAAUUUCUAAAGCUCCACUGACUGAUCACAAUAUUAUUGAAAUAGCACUUGGUUCAAAUAGUAAAAAAACAAGAAAUAAAA